GGGCGGGGCGCAGAGCGGCGCGCCGGCUGCGCGCAACCCGCACACGGCGCGCUGCCACCGAGGGAGCGGGUAGCAUGUGCCGGCCUGCGCUCGCCCGGCUGCUGCUGCUGCAGCUGCUGCUGCUGAAGCUGCACCUCGGCAAAGGCGGCGUCAAGGAGUGCGAGGAGGACCAGUUCCAGUGCCGGAACGAGCGCUGCAUCCCCGCCAUCUGGAAAUGCGACGAGGACGACGACUGCUCGGAUAACAGCGACGAGGCGGAUUGCCCAAAGAAAACGUGUGCUGAGUCAGAUUUCACUUGUGACAAUGGCCACUGCAUCCCAGCCAGGUGGAAGUGUGAUGGGGAAGAAGAAUGUCCUGAUGGGUCAGAUGAGUCAGAAGCAGCAUGCACCAAACAAGUAUGCCCAGCUGAAAAAAUUAGCUGUGGAGACUCAAGCAACAAAUGUAUCCCAUCGUCCUGGAGAUGUGAUGGGCAGAAGGACUGUGAAAGUGGCAUUGAUGAGGCUGGUUGCACUCCUGCCUGUUCUCCCAAUGAGUUCCAGUGCAGUAACAAGACGUGCAUCUCCAUCAUCUUUGUGUGUGACGGGGACAACGACUGCGGGGACGGCAGCGAUGAACGAAAAUGCUCCCCUCUGACCUGCAACCCCAACGAGUUCCAGUGCAAUAACAGCGUGUGCAUCCCGGAGCUGUGGGUCUGCGACAACCAGCCGGAUUGUGACGAUCAGUCGGACGAAUCCGUAGAAAAGUGUGGCUACGAUGCCAAGGCCCUCAACACCUGCGCGGCUCACGAGUUCCAGUGUGGCAACGGCGAAUGCAUCCACCUCAACUGGAAGUGCGAUGGGGACGAGGACUGCAAGGACAAGUCCGACGAGCAGGAUUGCCCUCUGGUGACCUGCCAGCCGGAUGAAUUCCAGUGUGGGGAUGGGACCUGCAUCCACGGAGCAAAGCAGUGUGACAAGGUGCACGACUGUCCUGACAACAGUGACGAGGCAGGCUGCGUCCAAGAGUCAGCAUGUGAAAGUCCCAGCAAGUUUCAGUGUAAGAGUGGAGAGUGCAUUGACGGAGGCAAAGUGUGCGAUUCACAUAGAGACUGCAGGGACUGGUCUGACGAGCCUCUGAAAGAAUGUGGUAUUAAUGAAUGCUCUAUGAACAACGGUGGUUGCUCACACAUAUGCAAAGACUUGAAGAUUGGUUAUGAAUGUGAAUGCCCGCCCGGAUACAAGCUUCUGGAUAAAAAAACGUGCGGAGACAUAGAUGAAUGUGAGAAUCCAGACGCUUGUAGCCAGAUCUGCAUUAAUUACAAGGGGGACUACAAAUGUGAGUGCUACGAGGGAUAUGAGAUGGACACCCUGUCCAAGAACUGCAAAGCUGUAGGCAAGAGUCCAUACCUGAUCUUCACCAACCGCCAUGAGGUCCGUAAGAUAGACCUGGUGAAAAGGGACUAUUCUCGCAUCAUUCCCAUGCUGAAAAACGUUGUGGCACUGGAUGUGGAAGUGGCAACAAACAGAAUAUAUUGGUGUGAUUUGUUCUACCGAAAAAUCUACAGUGCCUACAUAGACAAAGCGAGCGACACAGCUGAGCAGGUGAUUCUGAUAGACAGCCAGCUGAACUCUCCUGAAGGGCUGGCAAUAGACUGGGUUCAUAAGAAUAUCUACUGGACGGAUUCUGGAAACAAGACUAUCUCGGUGGCCACCGCAGAUGGAAGCAGGAGGAGGACGCUUUUUAACAGAGACCUCAGUGAGCCGAGAGCCAUUGCUGUUGACCCCACGAGGAGGUUCAUGUACUGGUCUGACUGGGGAGACAAAGCUAAGAUUGAGAAAGCAGGCCUCAAUGGCGUGGGGCGGCGAGUGCUGGUGGCUGACAACAUCGAGUGGCCAAAUGGCAUCACGCUUGAUUUGCUGAAUCAGCGUCUCUACUGGGUAGACUCCAAAUUGCAUUCACUGUCCUGCAUUGAUUUCAAUGGCAGCAACAGAAAAGUUCUGAUCUCCUCUGUUGAUGAUCUGAGCCAUCCUUUCGGCUUAGCAGUGUUUGAGGACAGAGUGUUCUGGACUGACCUGGAGAAUGAAGCAAUCUUCAGUGCAAACAGACUGAAUGGCUUGGACAUCUCUGUUUUAGCAGAAAAUCUCAAUAAUCCUCAUGACAUCGUGGUAUUUCAUGAAUUAAAGCAGCCCAAAGCUCCAGAUUCCUGUGAGCUCAGCCCCCAGCCAAAUGGAGGCUGUGAAUAUUUGUGUCUUCCUGCACCUCAGAUCUCUCCCCAUUCUCCCAAGUAUACGUGUGCCUGUCCUGACAAUAUGCGGCUGGGUCCAGACAUGAAAAAAUGCUACAAAGAUCUUCCAACUACUUCAGCUACUGUACUGGUUUCUACAACCACAGCAUCGCAUACUGCCACUGCUUCCACCAUGACCCCUCCUGGCAGUGCCAAUACCACCACUGAAGUCAUCCCCAAAGCUGUAUCAGAAGCUACAGUUACCACCUCAAGUUUUCAUCCAACCCCGUCCAUCCUGAUAGAUUCUGAGAUGACCACUGGAAACAGCAAUUUAUCACAACACUAUUCAAAUAAUGGUCAAGGCUUUGAUUCAACUGUGACAGCAGCUGUUGUUGGAAUUGUCGUUCCUGUUGUGGUUAUUGGCUUGCUGUGCAUGGGGGGAUACCUCAUCUGGAGAAACUGGAAACGGAAGAAUACUAAAAGCAUGAAUUUUGAUAAUCCAGUAUAUAGGAAGACCACAGAAGAGGAAGAUGAAGAUGAAAUCCACAUUGGGCGGACUGCCCAAAUUGGACAUGUCUACCCAGCACGUGUAGCAUUAAGCCUAGAAGAUGACGGCUUGCCAUGAGGAUACAGUUGCUGCUCCAAACAGAACGCACUGAACAAAUUUGCUUUGGAUCACAAAACCUGCUUCUUCUUUUUAAUCGUUAUUUAUGUUGCAGAAGGGUAACCACAAAGUUAUAAUGAACAGCAAACAUCCAAAGGAUGUGAGAGUUUUGUAUGUAUAAUCUUUUAUACACAUUUUAACUUGUUGCACUACCCAUUUGUGAUAGUCAAUAAGCAACUGCUGAGCUACUAACUCAAUGUACAUAACCAGCCAGGCUGAAGGUUCAGUAGCUAUUGCUUUAUUUUAAGACUAUAUUUAUAGAUAUUUUGUAAAUAUAUUGAAUAUGCUUUGUGGCUAUCCAUCAACAUAAGUAAAACAAAUUCUGUACAGGCAGUUUAGAAAUAUUUAUUAACAAAACCUGGAUUAUAAGAUCUGAUCUGUAAAUAUAGUAGAGGGGUGAGAGUAUUUAUUUUUUUGUAUGUUUGGCUUGCUGUGCAUAGAUUAUCUGUGUAUAUCUAUCUAGUGUAGAUAGAUAUAGGCAUAUAAAUAUAUACAUAUAUAUAAAUAUAUACAUAUAUUUUAAAACUACGAUGUUUAUGAAAAUUAGGGAUAAUUGAAUUUUUACAGGAUGUUGGAAGUUUGCUUUGAAAUCUAAAGACUAAGUAAGAAACAGCUGUACUGUAAGAUAGCUGAUAAAUGAAGCACUCCCAUAACAGAGCUCCUGUUUUCCAAGCUGGCUUGCAAGGGUUGCUUUUAUAUUUCCCAGUCUAGCCAGGUUCAUCUGCAGUGCUUUUAACUUAAGAGCUGUUGCUUACAGCAUUUCAGUCAGGAGGAAUUCCUACAGAGCCCAAUUUUUUCAUUUUGUAUUGUUGCUUUUUACGGUUCAGUACAAAUUUGGUUUAGCAUAUUUUUUAUUUGUUUUUUAAAUGUAAAUCUAAAUGUUUUUCCCCGAUGAUCAUCUUGCACCAUUCAAAUUAGCUUAGAAUUAGUAGAAUCAAAGAUUAGCCAUAUACUUUCAGAUACCUAAAAUGAGCUCUCUUAUCUGGCUCAUCAGGAACAAAACACAGUAACAGUUAAUUUCUUGCCUCCUACUCUUACUGAUUAAGAGUCCAAAUUUAGAAGAGGCUAUGGGGUAGUGUCUUGACUCACCAUAUGUAGAACGUGAAUGCUUACAAGCAGCCUGCACCAUGGCAGAUCUGAUGUAACACAGAGCACUAUGCAAGGAGGUCAAAAAUUCACAGCUUUGUCAGUAGCUGAUUCCUGUAAUUCAAAGGUAUCUGAAAAAAUAAAAAGAAAUCAUCCCAGGAAGAAAAAGUUGUGAGCAUUCUGCUACGUUAAUAACUGCCUUUCAUUCACUACUGUUCCCAAACUUUGUUUCUCUCUCCUGCCAGGCCUUAGUAGCACAAUGCUGUGUUACCAUCAUCUCCUAAGACAAAGGAAGCUAAAAUAUGCACUGUUUCUCCCAAGAUAAUUACAAUGAACAAAACACAAUGAAGAUCAAAAUAGUUUACAUAAUCCUGCCUAUUUCUGCAGCAGUAAGGGGUCAGGAUACUCAUAUUUACCCAUUUAUUGGUGCGGUUAUUUCUUUUUUUUGGUCUCCUGUUGAAGAAUGUAAUUUGUGCUUGCUUGUGAUUCCAGGAUACUGCUUUAAGGAGAAAUACAGAGCAGCAUCUCUCUUGCCAUACACGCUUCCCCUCCCUACACAAUUGCUAUUUUCUCAGUUCCCCUAGAACAUUUAAAGUUCUGCACACUGAGCUGGAAGACCCUAGUAAGGCUUUGCAUUCAGGUUCGAAAUGCUUUCUAUCAAAACCGCUGCAGCUCUUUGUCAGCAAGUGCUGUUCAUCUACUUCAAAAGGUGGGUUCAUGCUC